UUGCGGACUUCCAAUGGAUGCCCCUUCCCUCGUCCGAUCGAUUGUCGAAACCGCAUUGCAACGUGCUCAUGGCACAAUUGCGGGAUUACUUGCACACUGCAUUACCAACUCCGUUGAUGGACACCAGAGUAGAGGUUGUCGACCUUCACGACUACGUUGCGAAGAUCGAAGACGAGUUCAAGACACAACGGUACGACGACAUCGACGAGUCAUUGUUAUACAUACGCAUUCAGAUCGGAGAGACGACCUGUAGCGCUUUGAUCGAUUGUGGAGCUACUCGCAACUACAUGAGCCAAGACUUUAUGGUACGCGCUGGCCUUGGGCCAUGCGUUCGGAGGAAGUCACAGCCCACGCAAGUCAAGUUGGCCGACGGUCACACCGUCCCCGUGUACUUUGCCCCUCAUGCAAGCGAGGUCGUGUCCUUCGAUAUUUUGGACACCAAAUUCGACAUGAUCUUGGGCAUGUCAUGGCUGCGAAGCGAGGAUCACCUUGUGAACUUCUACCGCCGCACCGUUCAUGUUCGUGAUCGGAACGGAGUACUAGUCCCAUGCACGGUGCCUCCUCCUCACCCUUCGAUCAGCUGCCACGUGGUGUCCGCCGCAAGCAUUCGAGCUUCCAUCAUCAGGGAUGACAUCGAGGAGAUGGGGGUGUGUUUUCUCCACGCCCUCCCUCCCCAUGACAUUCCAUCGACGGACUUAUCACCGGACCCACUCAUCACCGAGCUUCUCGACGCCUGCGGCGACGUGUUCAAAGCCCCACACGGAGUAGUACCGGAUCGGGCCAUCCGCCACGAGAUCAUCCUCGAGGUCGGGGCCGUACCUCCGCGUGGUUGCAUCUACCGCAUGAGCGAGGAAGAGUUAAGUGUGCUACUGGCACAACUCAACGACCUUCUCGAGAAAGGUUGGAUUCGGCCUAGCUCUUCGCCAUACGGUGCUCCUGUUCUCUUCGUCCGGAAGAAGAACAAGGAUUUGCGGUUGUGCAUUGAUUAUUGCAAGCCCAGCGCGCAAACCGUCAAGAACGCCGACACUCUUCCGCACAUCGACGACCUCCUCGAACGGCUGGGCUCUGCCAAGUUCUUCUCCAAGCUUGACCUCAAAUGGGGAUAUCACCAACUCGAGAUCCAGCAGGAGGACUAUUACAAGACCUCGUUAAAGACGCGAUAUGGGCAUUUCGAAUGGUUGGUUAUGCCUUUUGGCCUUACGAAUGCCCCGGCCACAUUCCAAGCGGCUAUGACAACGGAGUUUCGACACAUGCUGGAUGGAUUCGUACUCAUCUACCUUGACGACAUCUUGGUGUACAGCCGGAGUUCGGACGAGCAUGUGGAGCACCUGCGCACCGUUUUGGAGCGGCUACGACAAGCCAAGUACAAAGCCAACCGUAACAAAUGCGAAUUCGCACGGCAAGAGAUGGAGUACUUGGGACAUUACAUGACGCCGCAAGGCAUCCGUCCGCUUGCGGACAAGAUCGAGGUCAUCCGCGUAUGGCCCGAGCCCACCAACACCACGGACGUUCGUUCAUUCACGGGGUUGGCGGGCUACUAUCAACGCUUCAUCACCGGGUACUCAAGGAUUGCCGGCAAUUUGCCGCACCUAUGACGAGAUUACAAUCGCCAAAG